CACACCAGAAGAGUUGAGUUGUCGCGCACGUUAGCUUUUGCUUUACAUAGAUGCGCACUUACGCCUAGAUUAGUAUUCUCCUAUAUUUUUUUUUCGGAUUUUCAAGGUUCUCUCAGUUGGCGCACAAAGUCCCCACAAACCACACAGAAAGAGAUACUAAAACAGAAAACACCCUUGCCUCUUGAGAGGACGAAAAUGGUGGCGGGUCAGCUUUAAGAGGUGGUGCUGGUGGCGGUGGUGUUGGAGAGCAGUCGCUUUUAAGAGGCUUGAUUUUUCCUGAUGCUCUUCAAUGCAAAUACUUCUUUGAGGCAUGUGAGCGGUGCUAUUCCUUCAUUCUUUAAGAAAAACCCACACCAGUUCUGCUUCCGAAAGUAUCAGAAAGUUUCUUGUUUUCCUGCUCACCUGGACUUGCAUGAGCACGUUGAGCCGAGUUUGGGAUUGAAAAGGUCGCCACUUCGUUUGAUCGAGGAAAUGGGAAGUGGUGGGGUUCUUCGAGCAAACUCGUAUGAGUUACCUCUUUCUUCUUCAUAUGAGUCUGCUAUGGAAGCACUUUCCUCUCUCAUUACUCGUCAGAAACGCGGAGAGAAAUCAAACAUUAAUGGUAAAUAUGAAAAAAUGGAGAGGAUGCAAAUGUAUUUGAAGAUAUUGGGUUUGGAGGAUCAGAUAGCUGGUCUCAAAAUUAUCCAUGUUGCUGGAACAAAAGGAAAGGGUUCAACUUGCUCAUUCUGUGAAGCCAUUUUACGGGAAAGUGGUUUUCGAACUGGACUUUUCACCUCUCCUCACUUAAUUGAUGUGAGAGAAAGAUUUCGUGUAGAUGGGUUGGAUAUUUCAGAAGAAAGUUUCCUACAAUACUUUUGGGACUGUUGGCACCAAUUGAAGGAAAAUCUUUCAGAGGACUUGCCAAUGCCCCCGCUUUUCCAAUUCCUAACUGUAUUAGCUUUUAAGAUAUUUAUAUCUGAAAAGGUGGACGUUGCAAUCAUUGAAGUUGGUCUUGGGGGAAGGAAGGAUUCAACGAAUGUGAUAAAAGAACCCGUUGUCUGCGGUAUUUCAUCGCUAGGGAUGGAUCAUAUUGAGUCACUGGGAGAUACCCUUGGGAAAAUUGCAUCACAUAAGGCUGGAAUUUUUAAGCCUGAAACACCCGCAUUCACUGUAGAUCAGCUUCCCGAAGCCAUGGAUGUUCUCCGGGAGAAAGCUUCUGAAUUGAUGGUUCCUUUGGAAGUAGUGCCACCUCUGGAGCCACAAACUUUGGGAGGACUGAAGCUCAGCUUGUCUGGUGAUCACCAGUAUGCGAAUGCUGCUCUUGCUGUCGCUCUUUGUAAAUGCUGGCUUCUGAAAACAGUAGAUGCAAAAGAUGUGUUGACAAAUGAAAAAGUAGAGGCAAAGUUACCGGAGCCAUUUCUUAGAGGUCUUGCAACUGCACGGCUCGGUGGGCGGGCACAGACUGUCUAUGACAGUUCAUCUGCUUCCAACUCGUCAGAAAUGAAAGAAAAUGCUACGGGGGAUCUGAUCUUCUACUUGGAUGGAGCUCACAGUCCAGAGAGUAUGGAGGUCUGUGCAAAAUGGUUCUCCAAUGCUGUAAUAGAAAACAGAAAUUCUUCAAUUAAGCAUGACGCGGAAAAUCACGAGAGUUCCAGCAAAAUCUCGAAGCAGAUCCUUUUAUUCAACUGCAUGGAGGUGAGAGACCCUCAGAUUCUUCUUCCUAGGCUCAUCACCACUUGUGCUUCUUCAGGUGUUCAUUUCUCAAAAGCCCUUUUUGUUCCAAGUAUGUCAGCAUAUAAUAAGGUUACCUCGGCCUCAAGUAUAUCAUCAGAUAUCUAUUCCAAGGACUUAAAAUGGCAGUACAUGUUGCAGAGGAUGUGGCAGAGGAUUCUCCAUGGGAAUGAAGCCGUAAAUGAUGACAACUCAAAACUUGAAACCUUAGAGACCCUGUUGCCACCUACAUCUUUCCUUUGCGGAAGUCCAACUGCAACUACUAGUAAAUGCAAUGGGGAAAAACAAUUCACUAGCAGUUGUGUCAUGACAUCAUUGCCUUCAACAAUAAAAUGGCUAAGGGACUGUGUCAGGGAAAACCCUUCCCUCAGAGUUCAGGUUUUGGUAACUGGAUCUCUGCACCUAGUUGGAGAUGUAUUGAAGCUCUUGAAAAGGUGAUUUGCCCUAAACACGCAACACUAACAGUAUUGUAAGACAUUCAUUCUUUCAGCAUGCAUCAGACAUUGUUUUAUUUUCCCGAGUUGCUUGUAGAAUAGCAUUUGUUGUAUCAUUUGAAACCGAAAACGAAUUGUUGCGUGGGUUGUUGUAACAUAUUGUGUUCAUACUGUCAUUUCAGUCCCAUUAAAUCUUGAGAAGCAGUUGAGAAAUGCAAUAGAGUUGAUUCCAA